GCUAAUAUAUAUGGCUUCAUCAGAGGAAAAACAAGCUCAGCCCUUUGCAGACAUCUUCAGUGAAGAUGAAGCUGAAAAAUCCUUUCUGUUGUCCAAACCCACUUGUUUAAUUAUCCUUGGAAAGCCAGGUUCUGGAAAGAAAACAUUGGCUAGAAAAUUGGCACAAAUAUGGAAAUGCAUUUUCAUAGACGCUUUGGAAGUAAUCCAAACAAAUAUUCAAGAAAAAACAGAGUAUGGGUUUAAGUGUCAAGAGUUGCUUUUUAAAGGUCAAAGUAUUUCCGAAGAACUGGUUACAGAAAUGAUUCUGAAAAAGAUUGAGUCACCACAAGUUACUCAUUUUGGUUAUGUUCUCAGUGGAUUUCCUUCUCUGUCAGAGGAAUACAUGACUGUUUCACAGCAAGUAGAGAAAAUAAAGAAUCUAAAAUUAAAACCGGAUUUCCUGAUCAACAUUAAGACUGAAGAAGAUACACUUAAGAAGUCAGAAUUUUUGCAUCAGUUAGUGCAGAGGCCUGAAGAUUUUCUUGAAAAUGCAGAGAAAAGAGUUGGAAAGUAUAAGGAUAUUAUGCUUCAUCCUUUAGAAGACUUGAUGGCUGAACAGGAUUGUGAGCGUCUUAUUGAAGUGGAUGGAAAUCAGCAACCUGAUGAUCUCUUAGUAUCAGUGGCAGUUCAGCUUCAGUCUCUGGGUGUUAGAACUGGAGCACCUAUAACCAGACUUCAAUGUGAUGAAGAAGAAAUGCUGGAGGGACUGGAAGAUGGUGAACUUUUCCGGGUUCUGUCAUCUUACCAACUAAUAGCACACAGUUACCGAUGGCGUAGAAGCAGAUGGGGGAAAGUAUGUCCUGUGGCUCUAAAGAAAGGUGAUAUUGUAAUGGGAAAUCCAGACUUAGCUGUCAGCUUCUCUUCUGUUUUAAGUUUUCUAGGUAAAAUGUACAUACUGUCAUCCCUAGAGGCAUUGAGAGUAUUUAUGUUGAAUCCACGGCCUUACCUGUUACCACCAAUGCCACUUCCUCCUUGUAAAGUACUAGUAUUUGGUCCUCCAUUCUCUGGAAGAACAACUCUUUGUAACCUAAUUGCACACAAAUACAAAGGAAAGGUUCUUGAUAUGGCCAAACUCAUUCAACCCCAUCUGGAAAAAGCAAAAGAAGAAAACUUGGAGCAAAUGCGAAGGGAUAUAAUAGAAAAAGCUAUAACAGCAGUAAAAAACAGGAUGGAAGAACAGUCAACAGAAUCAGCUUAUCAAGAAUAACAGAGGCAGGUUUCCUGGUGCUCCAGAAAAAGGAGGAUGGGUAGUGGAUAACUACCCUCUGUCAGCAGAUCACUGGUCAGCUUUAUCAGAAAAAGGACUUUUACCUGACACUGUUGUCUGUCUGAAGGAUACA